UCGCUCCUCUGUUUCUUGUACUGUUUCGCAGCUUCUUUCGUUAAUGAUGGACGAUGCUAUGGGGGAUCAAGAACCACCUUCACGAGACCUAAAGGAUGACACUUUAUCCCCCAACGGUCUCGUCAAAACGUCUGAGUUCAUUAGGCUAAUCAUCGACGCACUUAACUCCCUUGGAUUCAACGCCAUCGCUACCGAUUUGGAGAAACAAUCUGGCGUUCCUCUGCUCAGUCCUGAAACCAAGCAGUUUCUUGAACUAGUAAAGAACCGAGAAUGGGACAAAAGCAUUGACGCGCUCAAGGAGCUUCAACUGGGAGACGAAGAAAAGGAAAAGGCUGUGAGGUUACUGCUACUAGAGGAAAAGGUCUUUGAGCUGAUGUUCAAUGGACAAAACGAUGAUGCGGAGAAGACAGUAAGGGACGAGAUGCUGCCUCUUGGUGCUAAAAGAAGUUGCUUGAUUAGGAUAUGGAGAAGACUUAUUAAGCCAGGUUCCGUUAAAGAUACCGAGGUUGUGAAGAAACUGAAGGAACUGCUUCCUGUUGGAGUUUUAGUCCCGGAGAGGAGGUUGGAGUGUCUUUUGGAGAAUGAGCUUGUUCGUCAGCGGAUGAACUGUGAUAUGCAUAGCGUUCCAGAUACUGAUUUGUCCUUGUUCUCUUGUCAUCACUGUGAUGAACAGAAUAUCCCUUCAGAGACUCUCCAGAUAUUGAGUGAACAUACAGAUGAAGUCUGGUUCUUGGCGUUCUCAAAUGAUGGCAAAUACUUGGCUUCUUCUUCCAAGGAUAAAACAGCUAUUCUCUGGGAGAUGGAUGCAGAUGGGAAGUUUACUCAGAGGCAUAAACUUGUGGGACACGAAAAGCCAGUUGUAGCAGUCUUAUGGAGUAUUGAUGAUCAGCAAGUGAUCACAUGUGGAGAAAACGAAGUCAUCAAGCGCUGGGAUGCUGGUUCAGGACAAUGCAUUGGUUCUUAUGGAAGAGUUGGUGUUGGUUCCGUUUCUUGCGGUUGGCUUCAUGACGGUUCAGGUAUCAUUGGCGCGAUGUCAGACAGAAGGAUCUACCUGUGGAGCUUAGAUGGGACUGAGAUGGAGCACGAGCAAGAGCAGCGUGCGCAAAAUCUUUCUGAUGUGGCCAUGACGAGUGAUGGGAAGUGGAUAGUAAGCGUGGGGAAGGAGCAGCACGAGAUCUCGUUGUUUAGUAGAGAGACCAGAGCCGAGAGAGUGAUUCAACUGGAUGAGAAAGAGAUGAUUGCAUCGUUCUCGCUUUCUAGAGACGAUAAGCUUCUUCUAGUAGAUCUUACUUCACAGGCGAUUCAACUCUGGUGCCUUGUAGGCGAACAACCGUUUAAUGUUGGCGAGUUCGAUGGACACAAGCGUAGUAGGUUCGUUAUCAGGUCUUGCUUUGGUGGGUAUGAUGAAUAUUUCAUCGCUAGUGGGAGUGAAGAUUCUCAGGUAUACAUAUGGCACAUAGUGAAAGGGUCGAGACCUUGUCGUGUGUUGCGAGGACAUUCAGGAGCUGUGAACUGUGUGAGUUGGAACCCUACUGAUGUUCAUAUGCUGGCUUCAGGGAGUGACGAUAGAACCAUCCGGAUUUGGGGACUUGCCAAGAACUAG